CCUGUCAUCCCCCCACCCUGGCCUGUCAUCCCCCACCCUGUCAUCCCCCACCCUGGCCUGUCAUCCCCCACCCUGUCAUCCCCCACCCUGGCCUGUCAUCCCCCCACCCUGUCAUCCCCCCACCCUGGCCUGUCAUCCCCCCACCCUGUCAUCCCCCCCCACCCUGGCCUGUCAUCCCCCCCACCCUGGCCUGUCAUCCCCCCACCCUGGCCUGUCAUCCCCCCACCCUGGCCUGUCAUCCCCCCACCCUGGCCUGUCAUCCCCCACCCUGUCAUCCCCCCACCCUGUCAUCCCCCCACCCUGUCAUCCCCCCACCCUGGCCUGUCAUCCCCCCACCCUGGCCUGUCAUCCCCCCACCCUGGCCUGUCAUCCCCCCACCCUGUCAUCCCCCCACCCUGGCCUGUCAUCCCCCCCACCCUGUCAUCCCCCCCACCCUGGCCUGUCAUCCCCCCACCCUGGCCUGUCAUCCCCCACCCUGUCCUGUCAUCCCCCACCCUGUCAUCCCCCCACCCUGGCCUGUCAUCCCCCCCCACCCUGGCCUGUCAUCCCCCCACCCUGUCAUCCCCCCCCCUGGCCUGUCAUCCCCCCACCCUGGCCUGUCAUCCCCCCACCCUGUCAUCCCCCCACCCUGGCUGUCAUCCCCCACCCUGGCCUGUCAUCCCCCCCACCCUGGCCUGUCAUCCCCCCCACCCUGUCAUCCCCCACCCUGGCCUGUCAUCCCCCCACCCUGGCCUGUCAUCCCCCCACCCUGUCAUCCCCCACCCUGUCAUCCCCCCUGGCCUGUCAUCCCCCCACCCUGGCCUGUCAUCCCCCCCACUCCUGUCAUCCCCCCACCCUGUCAUCCCCCCACCCUGUCAUCCCCCCACCCUGGCCUGUCAUCCCCCCCACCCUGGCCUGUCAUCCCCCCACCCUGGCCUGUCAUCCCCCCACCCUGUCAUCCCCCCACCCUGUCAUCCCCCCCACCCUGGCCUGUCAUCCCCCCACCCUGGCCUGUCAUCCCCCCCCACCCUGUCAUCCCCCCACCCUGGCCUGUCAUCCCCCACCCUGUCAUCCCCCCCACCCUGUCAUCCCCCCACCCUGGCCUGUCAUCCCCCACCCUGGCCUGUCAUCCCCCCCACCCUGUCAUCCCCCCACCCUGGCCUGUCAUCCCCCCACCCUGGCCUGUCACCCCCCCCCCUGGCCUGUCAUCCCCCCACCCUGUCAUCCCCCCCACCCUGUCAUCCCCCCACCCUGGCCUGUCAUCCCCCACCCUGGCCUGUCACCCCCCACCCUGUCAUCCCCCCACCCUGUCAUCCCCCCCACCCUGGCCUGUCAUCCCCCACCCUGGCCUGUCAUCCCCCACCCUGGCCUGUCAUCCCCCCACCCUGUCAUCCCCCCACCCUGGCCUGUCAUCCCCCACCCUGGCCUGUCAUCCCCCACCCUGUCAUCCCCCACCCUGUCAUCCCCCCACCCUGGCCUGUCAUCCCCCCACCCUGGCCUGUCAUCCCCCCACCCUGGCCUGUCAUCCCCCCCACCCUGUCAUCCCCCCCCACCCUGUCAUCCCCCCCACCCUGGCCUGUCAUCCCCCCACCCUGGCCUGUCAUCCCCCCACCCUGGCCUGUCAUCCCCCACCCUGUCAUCCCCCACCCUGGCCUGUCAUCCCCCACCCUGUCAUCCCCCCACCCUGUCAUCCCCCACCCUGGCCUGUCAUCCCCCCACCCUGGCCUGUCAUCCCCCCACCCUGGCCUGUCAUCCCCCACCCUGUCAUCCCCCCACCCUGGCCUGUCAUCCCCCACCCUGUCAUCCCCCCAUCCUGGCCUGUCAUCCCCCCACCCUGGCCUGUCAUCCCCCACCCUGUCAUCCCCCCUGGCCUGUCAUCCCCCCACCCUGUCAUCCCCCCACCCUGUCAUCCCCCCACCCUGA